UCCCUCCUUCCUUCCUGCAGCCUCGGCCCUUCUGCCGUGAAAAAGGAAGAUGAGCACACGGAACCGAGUCUGAACCGAGUCUGACUUCCAGCGGAAUGGAGGCUGAGCGGCUGCAGAUGGACCGGAGGAGCCGGAGAUCAGCUGCUGUUCCUCGGCCUUGAACCCGUCACGACCGCCGCUGGAGCCGCUGGAGUCCCGGAGGAGCGGCGGGAGGAGCCGCAGCCUGCCGGGCCGAGGCGGGCCGAGCCGAGCUAAGCCGAGCCGAGCCGAGCCGAGCCGUCGACGAUGCUCAGCUAGCUGCUGCAGGACUGAAGCCUCGACAGCACCGCACCCUGAAACCAGACCCAAUCUCCCCCUGUCCCCCUUCAGGUCCUGGUCCUGAUCCUGGUCCCUGUUGUGUCCCUGCAGGCUGCAGCAUGGAGCGCUCCGGCAGCAUCCAGCUGGACAUCCCGGACUUCAGUAACUCCGUUCUGUCUCACCUGAACCAGCUGCGUGUUCAGGGCCGUCUGUGCGACAUCGUGGUGAACGUGCAGGGUCAGAGCUUCCGGGCGCACAAAGUGGUCCUCGCCGCCAGCUCGCCGUACUUCCGGGACCACAUGUCUCUGGGCCAGAUGAGCACCGUGUCGCUGACGGUGAUCCGCAACCCGUCGGUGUUCGAGCAGCUGCUGUCCUUCUGCUACACGGGACGCCUCUGCCUGCAGCUCGCCGACAUCAUCAGCUACCUGACGGCCGCCAGCUUCCUGCAGAUGCAGCACAUCAUCGACCGCUGCACUCAGAUCCUGGAGGGGAUCCACCUGAAGAUCAGCCUGGCGGACUUGGACGAGGACCCCCGGGAGGAGGAGGUGGCUCGGGGCUCCAGGAACAGCCGGACCCUGGAGGCCGUGGUGCGAGCCGGCGGUCAUCACGCCGCCGGCCUGCGGCUGCUCGGCACGAAGGGAGGCGGCGAGGCGUGCGAGGCCAUCAGCCCCGCCGAAGAGACCCUCAGCCCACUGCCAACUGUGGACCACAGCGGGCUGGAGGGGACCGGGCCCUCUGGCAGAACGGGCAAAGAACCGAUCCUUCGCAUCAACCGGGCCGGUCAGUGGUACGUGGAGACCAACAGCGAGCCAGAGCGGACCGGCAGUGCCGAGGAGGGCGGCGGGAUGGACCGUGUGAGGAUCAAGACGGAGAGGAUGGAGGACUGGAUCGGAGCAGGGGAGCACCAGGAGGACGGGGGGGCGGUGGAGGAGGGAACCACCAUGAUGAUCGACACGUCGGGACGCAGCACGCUGGUCACGGCGCCGGGCGGACCGAUAGGGAACCGCAGCGCACAACCUUCCUCCAGCUUCAGUGAGACGGACAGGUUCAGUCCCACUGGCAGUGUGGUCGUCCUGGCGGAGCGUCAGAGAGCGAAGAGCGAGUCACCGAGCAGAGCAGAUGAGCUGCGACAGCCGAGCUCCCAGGGGGAGGAGCAUGCAGCGUUCGAUAUGGGUGGCUAUGAGGACUACCUGAGGGAGCAGGUAGGGGACCGCUGGUACCGCUACAACCCCCGGCUCACCUGCAUCUACUGCUGCAAGUCCUUCAACCAGAAAGGCAGCCUGGACCGCCACAUGCGGCUGCACAUGGGCAUAACGCCCUUCGUCUGCCGCAUCUGCGGUAAGAAGUACACCCGCAAGGACCAGCUGGAGUACCACAUCCGCAAGCACACCGGCAACAAGCCCUUCCACUGCCACGUCUGUGGCAAGAGCUUCCCCUUCCAGGCCAUCCUCAACCAGCACUUCCGCAAGAACCACCCGGGCUGCACCCCCCAGGAGGCCCACAGUGCCUCCCCCGAGACCACCACCGCCUCCGUCACAUCCAGGGGAGGGCCGAGCGACGAGGCCUCCCCCAGCCAGGAGGAGCCCGAGGGCGGAGGAGGCCAGUACAGCGAGGGUCCCCAGGGCUCGGUCUCCACCACGGGACCCGACUGACCCUGAGUGACGGACGGGGCCUGCUCGGAUCCUUUUGCACCUGAAGCCAAUGGGACGCUGAACCGCUGACGUGGACCAGCGACGGAAAGGAGUCCGAACCGAAAGGAUUUCUCCGCUUUAAACCGCAUCUACCUUCACUAACCAAACCGAACAGAUUUAAGCUACAAUGAAGAAACGCCACACACUCCAACAACCUCACGCACCGCACGACCACGGUCCACGUGAUCCACGUGGUCCUCGUGGACCACGUCUGCCUCCGUCUACUUUAUGUUACAGAUUUCUACUUUUAUAUCGUGUCACAGGUUCACGACAGUCUGUCUGCUGGAACUUUGCCAAACUACUCGGUGCCAGUUCAACAGUUCAAAUCCUUCAUAUUUGCCUUGAGACAAUCUGGAGCAGCAAGGUUAAUAAUAAUAAUAAUAAUAAUAAUAAUCCUGCGCGCUCUUUAAAAUGCCACGUCGGCAUAGAAAUAUUAUUUAAAAAACUACGACUGUUAGAGUUCAGUUCCAGUGUGAUCAGAGCUUCUUUAUCGAUUAAUCUACCGAUCAGUUCAUUGGUCAGUUCAUUGACCAGUGUAUUGGUCAGAAGAUGAAUUAAGAAGCUGAGGAUCUUUUCUCAUUUUGACUUUAAAAUCACCUCAAAUUUGUAAUUGUGGUCAAAAUAGUGACCGAUUUGUGUUGCAUAACAAAUUCAUCGGAUCACUUUAUUUGAAAUUGAAUCAGUUUUGUUUUUACUAAAUAUAAAUCAAAAUAAAUUACAAAACGUUCUGACAUACAAAGUAGAGCUGCUGUUAAAACACUCUGAAGACUACAUGGAAAAUAAAUAAUAUAUAAUACAAAAGUUAGAAGCUGGAAAAUAAGUUUGAUUAAAAUUGAACUGAACUGAAAUCCUUUUAGCUCCUCCCAGAGCUUUCUACUGUAGCACAUGGCCUUUACCAGCCAAUCAGCUGCUCAGGUGUCACCAGAGGAAGCUCCUGGGAUGCAGCAGAAAGCUCCAGAACGAGUAGACGGAGGUCUUUUAUUCAGCGUCGUGCUGACUGAGCUCUGAUCACACUGAUCCAAUCAAUUCUUCAGAUUAUUGAUGACAGACUCACAGCAGGAAGCCUCAGAUAAGCUACACAGUUACCUCUCACCACUACGCAAUACAGCUUCUGCUCCACCGGAGGGCGCUCUGGUCCACACGGAGCUCCGUCUCCUCAAAUAGUUUUUAUAAACACACGUUUUAUUGUUUUUUUUGUGUUUCUUGGACGCUUUUUUUUGUUUGGUUUUUGCUCUGACAAUGUUUGAGACGGGUGACAGAGGCUUCAGGACCAGAUCAGGACCGGAUCACGACUGGAUCAGUACCGGAUCAGGACCCGUUUCUGUUAAUGAUGCGCUAAAUCUGCUGCACCAAAAUAGAAACGUACUAAAACUAACGAUGACGCAUAAGUUUAAAAUCAAUCCGGGAGUAUUAACAGAAGAUAGGCAGCGAGCUGUGUCAUCUUCAAAAUGGAGGCCAAUUAUGCUAACAUUAGUUUGCAAUAAUUUUACCAUAAUUAAUUAUCAUGCAGCGGUUCAAAGCUCAAACCACAGAGUUCCUAGCAUAAAGAGCUAACGUUCGUUACCUCGUCAGCCACCUGAAGCUAGCAGAUGUAAAUGAACAUUAGCUUGCUAGCUUACUGGUUUUUGCUUACUCAUUCAUUCAUUCAUGCUAAUAAGUAACAACUGUGAGCUAGUUAGCUAACCUUUACCAAACUGUCUUACUCGUCGUCAUAACGAUUGUGAGCUGAUUAGUUAAUGUAAAUUAACUGUUUAUCUAUUUUUCUUUAGGCAGACACAGCUCAACUAGCAUUAGCUCACAUGCUAGUUGAUUUCUCGCUGACUUAUCAUUUGUGAUUAGUGGUUCAGAGCUUAAACCUCCUUCACUAAAACGUUUGUUUUAAGGCAGACGCACAAGAAGUUAACGCUAACGUGGAAGCUAACGGAUGUUUUGCUUAUUCAUGGUCACUCACCGACACCACAGACCUCCAUCGCUGUAAGAGCAAACCGUUAGCUACAACAUUAUAAUGUUCCUGAAAGAAGUACACAGAAAAAUCACUGUUAAUCUUCAAGCUGUUAUGCUAGCAUUAGCUUGCAAGCUAACUUUCAAACGAUUGUAUUCUACUGGCCCAGAACUACAUUUAGUUAAAAGAGCUAAUGUGUGUGAGCUAGUUAGCUAACAUUGAGCUCUACUAUUUAACGUGUUUCUGAUGGAUAUCAGUUUCAUCUCUCUGUGUAGGUCCAGGUUGUGUUUAGCUUAGCUUAGCACAAAGACUGGUAGCAAGGGGAAACUACUAGCCUAGCUGUACGUUUGAUAUGUUAACUCUAGCUAAUGCUAACAGGCAGUUAGCUUUUCACACAUGCAGUAGAGGCGACGCGUCAUGGCGACAGGCGGUCCUGAUCGGGUCCUGAUUGGGAGCUACCGGACCAGGAGCCGGACCCCGUCAGACCAGAUGGAUGUAGUAAACCACGGAGCUGGACUAGGACUAAACCCUCCAGGGGUCAAAGGUCGGACCGCGGCCAUGUUGGUUCUCCAAAACAACGUCAGCACUUAUCAGAGGACAAGGAUCAAAAGCAGAACUUUAUAUAGAACCACAUAUUCAGAGACAUAUUUAAACUAGUAUGAAUACGAAUGAGCUGGUAGCACAUCGGCUGUUACUGUUGUUUUCUACACGGCCGGGAAUCAGAUGUUUUUUAUGCAAAUGAAGCCAGCGGCUCCGUGUUCUCUUCAGGCCAAACAGGAAGUAUCAGGUACACAGUUUACCUUUGUCUACGUAGCACGAUGCUAACGGCUAACCUCAGAGCGAGCUACGCAGAAGCUCACCUGUAAAUAAAGGCUGACACACACACACACACGCACACAGACAAAUACACACACACACACACACACACACACACACACAGAUACACACAACCAGGGCUGGGCAACGUGGAGUAAAUCCUCAGUUGUCAUGACAACCUCAAAGUACCACGGCAACAGAGAGUACUGCUUUCUGAUUGGCUAACGGCCGACUUAACUCAGUUAAAUCAGUUUGUUUACGGCUCGUCAGGAAUAUUUUACAAAAAUAAAUCUAGAAUAUAUAAAUAUUAAUUUACCUUCUUUACAUUAGAAAAUCUUACAAAACAUGAAAUCAAAGUUUAUGUAGAAAAUAUAGUGGGAGGAGUCUUUACACCUGUAACCACACCCAUCAGUGAUGUCACAGCGUACAGGGGUACACCUGUACAUCACUGCAGCCAGGUGACGACUUUAACUUCAGAUACAUUAUUAUUAUUUAUUUUGGCUGCUGAUCAGAUGAUUAAAUUAACUUCUUUAUUUUAUUCUGUUACAGACGAUUCAAACUGGAUUCAUAGAGUUUAGACUCGUUUUAAACAAUAGAAACCAGAUCUAUUUUAAUGUCUUUAAACUUAAACUGAUGAAGACCACGAUGCUCAGCUCUGGAACCAGAACCACAUCAAACCAUUAAACACAAACUCAGAAUUAUGAAACAAACUACAAGUUUCAUUUUUAUCUGUUUCUUCAUAAACCAGAUUGAACUGGUCCAGACCGCCUCGUGUCCUGAGAACUGUUUACAUCACAUCAGUCCAGUUCAGUCUAGUCUGGUUCAGUCUGGUCUGGUUCAGUCCGGUCUAUCUGGGGGAAUCUAUAAAGGAGAAGUGGGAUCAGAGUUCAGGUCCGAUGGACCUCCAUGUUAUUUUAAAGUGGAUCAGGAUCAGAACAGAUUUACUGUGAAGUCACUUUUCUUUUAUUCCGUUCAGUAAAAAUCAAAUGCAUAAAUGUGACAUUUGUUCUGGUUCUGAUAUAAAGGAUCCAACUUCUCCUCCUCGAUGGUUCUUCAGAUUCAAACUGUGAAAACAGCUCAACCUCAUCUUCAUCACUCUGGUCCUCAUGGAGUCACAACCAGGUCUCAUGUUUUAUAGUUUUAUUAUAUCCAGUAAACAUGUUUAAUUAAGAAUCAAAUCAUUUAUAUACUUAAUGAGAUUACUCUUUACUGUUGAUUCCUCACAUAUACGGUAAUAUAUCAAAGAAGAAGGUUCUGGGUUUAUGUUGCAUGUCUCUGUUUGAGGGUUUAAAUGUGAAGCAGCUUCUGUCACCACGACCACUCGACCACUCACAGGAAAUAAAGCACUUUACGUGUC